AUAAAAGACCUGAUUGCUCUAAAAUUCUUGAGGAAUUAAAACAUAUUGAACAAACAUAUGAUGAAAGUCAUAGGCUUAAUAAAAAUAGUAUAUUGGAUGAUGAAAGACAAAAAAAGCUAAAAAUUGAUCUUGUUAAUUAUUUUAAUUUAAACAAAGGAAGGAAUUGCGUUGAACAUGAUCUUGUUCCCGGAACAAAAACAAUACUUAGUGAUUGCGGACAUUUAAACAUAAAUAAAUUGAAAAAGUCUGAUCCAAUUAUCUAUUUUCCAGCACCAAUUGAACAAAGUACGAACCCCUGGGCAAUUUUAAACAAUAUGAAUUUAUUUAAAAAUUCAGAUGACGAAAAUGGCUUAUCCCAUUUGUGCGAUGAUGUAAAAAUACAUAUUCCAAUAGCUACUGUACAAUACCGGGGAAGUGUAGCAGAGCAAUUUUCUCGUGAUGUUGAAAAUGUUCUUGAUUUGUCAGAUAAUAUUGAGAAAAAAGAGAGAUUAAAUAAGGUAUUUAAUGAAUGGGGUAAUUUUGUAAUUACUGAAGUUGUUAUUGGUGGGGCUAUCACGAUAAAAAAUUGGUCAGAAAUUGAUUACGUAGAACAAUCCCGUCUAUUGACUUAUAUUCAAUGGGGAAUAGACUAUGCAAAAGGUGGAGGUUCAAAAAUUUUUAGUGAAACUCCACUUAAUGUUCUUCCCCGAUUUGAAAUUUCAAAAAAUAUAAAAACGAUUGGAGAACUUUAUGAAUGGCUAAAAGACCUGUAUAAUUAUCAUUAUGCAGAGAUUAUAUCGUACGAAGAUAUUAGACCAUCCUAUGAGUUAUUACCACAUGACUUGGUUGAGCGGAUAUUGGAGUUUUUUUUACCUCAACCCGUUGUUGAACCUAUUGUAAGGAUAAUUCCACAAAUGUUAACUCAAUGUGGACGACAAAAGCUUUUAGGAUGGAUAAAAAACAGAAAACCAAGAUUAUUAUAUAUGCGUGAUUGGAUUCAUGAUCUUUCAUUAGAGUAUGCUGUACUCUUACAACGCUCGAAAUUAGGGAAUGGAGACAGGGCCGCGUUUAAAUAUCCAAAAGACCCUAUAAUUACACCAAUCGAUAAUAUCACUAUUUUAUUAUAUCAACCCGAAACUCAACAACUUGCUUAUUUAUUCGAUAAUGGUUUAAAGGAGGAAGAAGAAUUAAAUUUCAGUGAAAUCCCAUUCAUUGACAAUCAGACUUUAGAGUAUUUCCAAGGUUUAGAAAAUAAUCCUUCAAGGACAGUUUUCUGUCAGAUCAUUUUUAGUGCAAUAAAAAUUUCUUUUAAAUCAAUUAUAAAACCCUCUGAACAGUUUUCUAAUGCGGUAGAUGAUGCUCUAAGAAGUAAUGAUCCAUACAGCAAUCUCUGCGAAUUAUUUAACAAUACUUAUGGACUUCUAGUUCCUCAAACAAUAAUAUUAGGCAGAAAAUUGACUAGAACAUACGACUCCUGUAAUAUUCCUCCAAACACUAUUAAGAAGCAAGAUCCUGAUUUUGAAAAUUUUAAUGCACAAGCAAUAAAGAUUUUGACGGAUUUGGAUAAUAAGUACCAAGAUCUAGAUACAACUUUUUUCGUAGACGACAAUAAGCCUAUUAGACGAGAUGAAAUUGAAGAGUGGCAUGAAAUUCAAUCAAACAAUUACAAUAAUUGGAAAGUUAUUUAUUACGAUGACUGGAUUUCAACAUAUGGAAUCCUAGCAACAUCACAACAAAAUGAAAUUGAAUCAAUCUUAAGCGAUAAGUAUCGUAUCGUAUUUAACGGAAAAGAAACACUCCCUCGAGAUAAUCAAACCACAGUAACUAUCAAAUUUCCUGGACCGCUUUUCGAUGAAAACUGCCAGAUUUAUGGAUGUCUUGUAAAGAAGGAUGCUCGUGGAAAUUGGGAAAAAAUCCCCGAUGUGAUGAUUAGAUUUGAUAACGUUAAUAGAUAUAGAUAUUAUCAACAUAAUCUCAGAAAAAUUAAGGCUACGUAUGGAAGACUUGAUAUCAACGGAGACCAAUCUUCAACAUAUUUUAAAAGCAAAGAAAUUUCUAAGGGCAAUGUUUUAGUAACCUCAUUCGUUUCUAGCACAUUGAAAGAAACAACUUUUUAUAAAACCAAUGUCACAUCCUGGACAAGCACAAAAGUUGACUUGAACAUUCAAAAAGUACAAGAAGAUAAUUUUAAAGAUAAUUUGAUAAAUAAUUCGGAAAAGUUAACUCUUCAAUGGUGUAUAAUUAAUACAAAUGAAAUAAAUUUAACGGAUGAUGAGGAUCAAGAAUCAUACCCAUGGAGUGUAUUUGGGACCAUUUUUGAAGAUAAGCCACAAUGUCGGAAGAUUCCGGAGGUAAAUAAUGCAGUAAAUAAGUCGAAACAUACUAAAGAUAGCGAAAUAUUUUGUUUUCCAAAAAAGAAAAAGAAUAGUGGAUCUCUGGAAGCUAUAUAUUAA